AGCUGCAGCAGCUUAGAUGCAGAGUCAGUAGCAACAGAGGUGCAGUCAUAAUAUUUGCAGAGUCAGAGAGAGAGGAGAGAGAGGGGAGGUGGGGAAAUGGCAAUGGCAAGCAGCAGAGGCAGCAGCAGCAGUACCGUAAUCAGAACCAUUAGUUUUAUCCAUGUACAGAAGAUUCUGCAGCUAAAUGGUCCCUGAAAAUAAAUAUACCUAUUAGCAACUCUCCUCUCUCUCCUCUCCCUCUCUAUCUCUCUAACCCUUCUCUCUUCUUUGUUUCUGCACUCUGAAAUCUGAAAAUAAAUAUACCUAUUAGCAGUCUCAGGUUUCAUCUUUUUUUUCUCUCUGUCUUUGGUUUCUUUGAAAACCAAGUUUCUGGUUUUCUGCUUUCUCUUCCUUCCUUCCUUCUGAUUUGGGAAAUAAUUAAAAAAUAGUAUGAGUAGCACUGGAAGAAGCGGCAGGUUUCCUUUCACUCCAUCUCAGUGGCAGGAGCUUGAGCACCAAGCUCUUAUCUACAAGUACAUGGUUUCUGGAAUCUCCAUCCCUCCUGAUCUCCUCUUCUCCCUCAAAAGAAGCUCCUGCAGCUUGGACUCCCCUCUCCCUCCAAAGAUCUUCUCUCACCACCCUCCUCACAUUGGAUGGAACUGUUUCCAGAUGGGAUUAGGAAGAAAAAUAGACCCAGAGCCAGGAAGGUGCAGAAGAACAGAUGGGAAAAAAUGGAGGUGCUCAAAAGAGGCGUUUCUGGAUUCGAAAUACUGCGAGAGGCACAUGCACAGAGGGAAAAACCGUUCAAGAAAGCCUGUGGAAGUUCUCAAAACACCACCAAUUUCAACACCAAAGUCAUCAAACACUUCAACAAGUACCACCAAAAUCAACGCUUGUUCUGCUUCUCCAAGUCCUGCAGCUUUUCAUUCCCUUUCCUCAUCGCUCUCUUCUCUCUCCUCCUCUGAUUCCCACCCUUACCCUUUCCUCUAUCAUCAUCACUCACCUUCUUCAAGGCCUCCUGGAAUUGGAUUCCCACAUCAAGAGAGAAACACUACCUCCUUGUUUUUGGACUCUGGUUCUUAUCCCCAACCCAGCUCAGAAUACAGAAACAGGUAUGCUUAUGGGAUGAAGGAGGAGGUGGAUGAACAUGCAUUCUUCUCAGAGCCUUCAGGCACAGUGAGAGGCUUCUCUGGCUCUUCAUCCAUGGACGAUUCGUGGCAGUUCACACCGCUCACAAUUAGUACUUCUUCGUCGUCGAAACAGAGAAGCUGCUCUGCUUUUCAGAGUGAUCAGCAGGAUCAGCAGCUUCGGAGCAUCAAACAUCAAAAGCAAGAUCAUCAUCAGCAGCAGCAGCAUUACUACGCUAUGGACCGAAAUGAAGGAUCCCAGAAGACCGUUCAUCGAUUCUUCGAUGAAUGGCCCCCUAAAGAUAAAGAUUCGUGGCUCGAUUUGGAUGAUAAAUCAUCGAACAGCGGAUCGGUUUCCACCACCAGGCUCUCAAUCUCCAUUCCUACCUCUGGUCAUGACUUCCCCGUCUUCACCUCAAGACAUCAUAAUAAUGACUGAGUUUUUCCAGUGCUGGUUUUCUGAAUCAAAGGCCAAAACUGUGCUUGCAGGGUGUCACUAUUUUAUUUUAUUUUUUCUUUUUAGUGUGUGUGUGUAUGUAAUGCAAUGUCUAAUUAGUAUUGGAGUAUUUAUUUUUAAUCAUUUUAUUUUAAUUUAAUAUUACGUCUGAAUGUCGUUGAAUCAGAUUAUUGCGUUCUAACUUCUAAA